AUGAAGAGCUUAAGGAGGGAGUUUUCCUCCAAUCCACAAGCUGCUAAUGUUGCCAGCAAAGUUUUUGUGAGAUCCACGAAAAGCGGGAAGGUGCAGAAGAUUGUCCGCGAGCUCUACCUACGCCAAGAUAUUCCCUGCUCAUCGAAGCUCUGCUCACACUGUCCUUCGAUCGCCCCAGCAGACGCCAAUGGAAACAUUACUCCAUUUAUUCUCUCCGAUCGUCCCGCCGGUACCAAAGCUUUCCCGCGCGGCCACUAUCUCAUACCCGACACAAAUGCCUUGUUGAAUGGAAUGGAUCUUUUCGAGCAUACUGGCGCAUUCUACGAUGUUAUCAUUCUCCAGACCGUCCUUGAAGAACUCCGAAACCAGUCUUUGCCCCUCUACAACCGCCUCAUCGCUCUGAUCAAAACAGAUGAGAAGCGCUUCUACCUUUUCUUCAACGAGUUCCGCCUCGAGACACAUGUGCGAAGAGAGCCAGACGAGUCAAUCAAUGACCGCAAUGACCGAGCUGUGCGCGCCGUCGCAAAAUGGUACGAUGAGCAUCUCAAAGCCACCGUCAAGAAGGGCAAGAAGGAGAAGACAAUUCCUACCAUUGUUGUCAUCACGGACGAUAAGGAGAAUCUGCGAAAGGCUAAGGCAGAGGAUGUCACCGCCUUGUCUUUGACAAGCUACGUCGAUGGUCUGGAAGAUUCCGCAAAACUGCUUGAUAUGAUCAGUGAAGCUAGAGAGGCACGAGAUGCAAAGGGCUCUGUGCGUGGAGAAUUGUUUUACCCCGAGUAUUACUCUAUGUCAAAGCUCCAAACUGGCCUGCGAGCGGGCAAUCUUCACCAGGGUAUAUUCAAUGUGUCGCCUUACAACUACCAGGAGGGCUCUGUCCAUGUGCCAGCCUUUGACAAGUCUCUCCUGAUUUUGGGUCGCGACAACAGCAACCGUGCAAUUUCAGGUGAUACUGUUGUGGUUGAGGUUCUACCAAAAGACCAGUGGAAGUCUCCUUCAACCAAGAUCAUGGAUGAAGAAGCAGCGACUCGAAAUGAAAACGCGGACGCUGAAGAUACGGAAGCUGUUGUCACAGACCGGGAACGUAAAGCUCUCCAAGAAGAGGUCAAGAUCGCUCACGCUCACGGCAAGAACGCGGAAGGAAAGCCGCAGCCCACAGCCAGAGUUGUGGGUGUGAUCAAGCGCAACUGGCGACAGUACGUAGGACAUGUGGAUUCAACUUCAACUGGUUCACUGGCUGCCUCAGGCCGGCGACUGCAGACUGUGUUUGUACUGCCUAUGGACAAGAAAGUACCCAAGAUUCGCCUGCGUACUCGACAAGCUGGCGAUUUGGUUGGCGAGCGCAUCCUUGUUACUAUUGACGCAUGGGACCGGGAUUCACGAUACCCAUCCGGUCACUUCAUCCGCUCCUUGGGACAAUUAGAAACAAAGGAGGCGGAGACAGAGGCUCUCCUUCUGGAGCACGAUGUACAGUACAAGCCGUUCUCCAAGGCAAUCUUGGACUGUUUACCGGCGGAGGGGCAUGAUUGGAAGGUUCCGGCUUCGAAGGAGGACAAGGGCUGGAGUGGCCGACGUGAUCUUCGUGAUCUGCUCAUUUGCAGUAUCGAUCCCCCUGGCUGUCAGGAUAUCGAUGAUGCUCUCCAUGCACGCCCCCUCCCGAACGGCAACUUUGAAGUCGGUGUUCACAUUGCAGACGUAUCACAUUUCGUUAAGCCCAAUAACCCAAUGGACGUUGAAGCUAGUGUUCGCGGUAGCACAGUCUACUUAGUUGACAAGCGUAUUGAUAUGCUUCCGCACCUGCUUGGAACGGAUCUCUGCUCACUGAAACCAUAUGUGGAACGCUACGCCUUCUCUGUGAUUUGGGAGGUCACGCCUGAUGCAGAGAUUGUUUCUUCGGACUUUACUAAGUCCGUCAUUCGCUCUCGUGAAGCUUUCAGUUACGAACGAGCUCAACUUCGCAUUGAUGAUCCCAGUCAGACUGAUGAAUUGACCCAGAGCAUGCGCACACUUCUCAAGUUCUCGAAAAUCCUUCGCCAAAAGCGUUACGAUGCAGGUGCUUUGAACCUUGCAUCUCCCGAGGUUCGCAUCGAAGCCGAUGCGGACGAAGUUGGCGAUCCUCUGGCGGAUGUCAAGACUAAGGCGAUGCUCGCAACCAACAGUUUGGUCGAAGAAUUCAUGCUUCUCGCCAAUAUUACUGUUGCCUCUAAGAUUUAUGAAUCCUUCUCCCAAAUUGCUUUGUUACGACGACACGCCACUCCCCCACCACAGAACUUCGAAGAUCUCAUCAACCAACUUUCCAAGAAGCGCAAUAUGAGGCUGGAUGUUUCCAGCUCCGGCGCUCUUGCUAACUCAUUGGACCAAUGUGUCGACCCCAAGAAUCCCUUCUUCAACACGCUCGUCCGUAUUCUCGCCACUCGUUGCAUGACCUCCGCUGAGUACUUCUGUGCCGGUGCCCAUGCAGAGUCUGAAUUCCGCCACUACGGUCUUGCCUCGCCCAUCUACACCCACUUUACUUCACCUAUCCGUCGAUAUGCCGAUCUGCUCGUCCACCGACAGCUGGCUUCCGCUAUCGGCUACGAAGGCGAAGAUGGUCACGCCAAGGUUGAGGGCAUUUCCACCCGCAGCAAGUUGGAGGACAUUUGCCGCAAUAUUAACUACCGACACCGCAACGCACAGUUCGCAGGCCGCGCCAGUAUUGAGUACUAUGUUGGCCAGGCCCUCAAGGCACGUGGAGAAAAGAUGGCCGCUGGCGGCGCCGACCAGGGAGUUAAUGAAGAAGGCUAUGUCAUGCGUGUUUUCGAGAACGGUGUCGUUGUUUUUGUUCCUCGGUUCGGUAUUGAAGGUGUCGUUCGAUUGGAGGACUUUAUGCUGCCUGGUGAAUCUAGCUCUUGGUCUGUCACUGAGAGAAGAGAACUUGCGGCUCAUCGCUCAACUGAAUUUGAUCCUGAGGAGUACACGCUUCGUGUGGAAGAGAAGGGCCACGAGGCUGACCGAAACGUUGUUGUGGAGCUUUUCCAGAGAGUCCAAGUCAAUGUCAGCUCGGUCAAGGAGGAAGGCCGUGGUGCUGGCAAGAGAAGAGUGCGCAUUCUCAUUACUGGAACUACCGACAACACCAAAUAG